AUAAAGAUUCUCAACCCCCCGCUCUCUCCCAUUUUGAAAAAGCAAAUCCCUCGAGGCCUCAACGGCUCGAACCCCAAUCGCUCCUCACGCCUCCUUCUAACCCUACUCUCUCUCUCUACAAGAGAAUUGCUUGGCCUUACAAAGAAGAAGAAGUAAAGAAACUGAGGUUUAAGAAAUGGCGACUAACAUCGGAAUGAUGGAUUCUGCUUAUUUUGUAGGAAGAUCAGAAAUCCUUGCCUGGAUCAACUCAACUCUUCAAAUCAAUCUUUCUAAGGUCGAAGAGGCUGCGUCCGGUGCUAUCCAGUGCCAACUGAUGGACGCCGUCCACCCAGGGAUCGUUCCGAUGCAUAAGGUUAACUUUGAUGCCAAGAGCGAGUACGAAAUGAUCCAGAACUACAAGGUUCUUCAGGAUGUCUUCAAUAAACUCAAGAUUACAAAGCACAUUGAAGUGAACAAACUAGUGAAGGGAAGACCCCUUGAUAACCUGGAGUUCAUGCAGUGGAUGAAGAGAUAUUUUGAUUCCGUCAAUGGCGGUGUUCUGCACAAUUACAAUCCUCUCGAGAGGAGAGAGGCUUGCAAAGGUGGAAAAGAAACAAGCAAGAGAACUGCACCCACACAAGCUUCAACCAGGACCUCAACGACUGUAACAAAAACUCAGUCCUCUCACAACGGUCGAAGGAAUGAUGCAUCUUCUGUUAACUCAACUAAUGCACCCAUUAAGUCUGCAAGAGCUGCUCCUAAUGGAGCAUCCGCUUUUAAUGGAGGGCCGGCCUAUGAUGAACAGAUCACGGAGCUGAAACUCUCAGUAGAUAGCCUUGAGAAGGAGAGGGAUUUCUACUUCGCCAAGUUGAGGGAUAUCGAAAUUUUAUGCCAGUGUCCUGAGAUUGAGCACUUACCAGUUGUUGGUGCGAUUCAGAGGAUAUUAUAUGCCGCUGAUGACAGUGGCUCAGCAGUGGCAGAAGCACAAGCCAUGAUAUCCCAGCAACAGAAUCAGCCAAAGCCUCUGAGUCCUGUUCUUGAGGUUGAAGAAGAGACUCCGAAAACAGAAACGCAGAAGAGGAAAAACAUCUUGACCCUUGAGGUUGAUAGUGUGGCCACUUCAACAUUGUCUCCAAGGCAAAGGAUAUUAGAUGCAUCUGAUGUCCAUUGUAGUGGCUCUCCACUAAUUAGUUGCUGAGACCCUUCUUGUGCAAAGAAUCAACAUACUUUGAUUGUAUCAGGUGUACCUAUUCUUUCCAGCACUUUGGGAUAACUGUGGAGGAGACUUCUUCAGAUGACCUGGCUCGUUACCCCUUUUUUUGUAGAGUUGGAAAAUGAUGCCAUUUAAGUAUGGCUUUACACCAAUUAGAGUUUGGUAAAGUGUUAGCAGCUAUAGCCUUUGGAUGUAUCAUUUUGUCAAUUUCAGAAAAUGACCUAUGACAUAAUAUUUGUACUUCAUAUUGAAUCUUUGAACUUCUUUUUCUUCAUUUCAGUAACAGUGAAUGUAGGUCUAUGUGUUUCGGGAUUUCUGAAUGUGGCCAUCAUUGUCAAAGAAUCAACAUAUUUUAAUGUUAUGGGCACAUAUUAGUAUUGAAUAA